AUGAUGAAAAAAUUUGUGUUUCUAACACUAUUUCUUGUUGUUUCUCUCGUUUUGACUGAAAAUGAAGAGCAGAAUCCACACCUCAAAUAUUCUCAAGAGAUCAAUGAAGGGUAAGUUGAAAGUGAGCAAUUAUUUUUUGAUAAUAUUGAUACAUUUCUGAUACAGAGCAUUCACUGGAUAUCUCGAGUUUUUGAACAAUCAAAAAAUCAAACUUUGGACCUAUUCAAUUCUAUCGACAAUUAUAAUUUCGGCUGCUCCAUUUCUAGUUUUAUUUCUUAUUCCAAUUCAAGAUAAUACAUCUGAAUCAGGUCCACUUUUAAAAGUUUUGCUAGCUUUUGGUUCUGGCGGACUUCUUGGUGACGCAUUUCUUCAUUUAAUUCCACAUUCAACCCCGAAAUCUCACGGACAUUCUCAUAAUGAAGGAGAACAUAUUCAUGAUUUAAGUGUUGGUGGAUGGGUUCUGGCUGGUAUUAUAACAUUUUUGAUUGUUGAAAAAAUGGUUCGAAUUCUUCGAGGAGAUGAACAGAAUCAUGGACAUUCUCAUGGCAACAAAAAAAGAAGAACAUAGAGAAAUUAUAAAAGCAACCGCAUAUUUGAAUUUGGCAGCUGAUUUUGCACAUAAUUUCACUGAUGGAUUAGCAAUCGGUGCAUCUUUCAUUGCUGGUACAACUGUUGGAAUCGGUAAGAUAUCUCGAUCAACAACAUAUUUUUUGUUAUUUUAUUUUGAUCCAAGCUUUUAUUCUCUAGAGAAAUAUUAUGUUUGCAGUAACAAUGAUCACAGUUCUCAUUCAUGAAGUUCCACACGAAAUAGGUGAUUUCGCAAUUCUAAUUCAAUCUGGUUAUUCAAAACGAAAAGCAAUGAUGAUUCAAUUAGUCACUGCAAUUGGAGCACUUUCUGGAUGUAUUAUUUGUCUUUUAGCAGCUGAUUCAGAUAUUUUAACUGAUUCCACUUCAAGUUCUUGGGUUUUGCCAUUCACAGCUGGAGGAUUUAUUUAUAUUGCCACAGUUUCAGUUCUUCCAGAAUUAUUGGAAAAUAGUUCAGCAAUUCAAACAAUUAAAGAAUUGGUUGCAAUAGGAACCGGCAUCUUUAUGAUGUAUCUAAUCUCAGUUUAUGAAUAA